AUGAUGACUACCACGGCGCCCUCCGAAACGAAGCCCUGGGCAGAUGGCCCAAUGAAGCUGGUCACGACUCCGCAGUAUGCAACCAAGAAGACCGACCUCUUCACGACCGGCGCAACACACAUGGCUUUGCUACACAACUCCAUUCUCCGAGGCUACAAUUCGAUCUACCUUCAAGCUCCCCACGUCCAAGAAGCCGACAAAGCCGCCUUUAUUGGCUACAGCCUGACUUGGUUCAAGUUCGUCAAGUCACAUCAUGAUGACGAGGAGGAGACGCUCUUCACGAAAGUCGAGGAGCUGCUGAAUGACAAGGAAGUCUUUGCAGACACACAUAAAGAGCAUGAGGCGUUUUUGGCUGGCCUCGGCGAGUUCAAUACCUACCUGACCUCCCUCGCUUCGCCAUCCGACUUCUCAGCUACGGAGCUCCGCCGCAUAAUGGAUGGCUUCCACGCCGCUUUCGAAAGCCACUUCCACAGCGAGAUCAGCACGAUCUCGAAGCUUGCGGAGCACCCGAACGCGCCCAAGCCCGACACACCCGAGGCAGCGGCGGCGAGCAACACGUUCAAGGCGUGGGGCAAGAGCACCGUCACCAAAGCCGGAACGGCGGACGUCGUGCCGUUCUUCCUGUUGAACCUCGACGGGACGACAGAGGAGGGCACUUGGGCCAAUUGGCCUCCAAUGCCCGGCCCGAUUCGCUGGGGCCUGGUGAACAUAGCUGGUCUCUUCCACUCGUCCUGGUGGAAGUUUGCGAGCUGCGAUGGGGCUGGUCAGCCUAAGGAGCUCUACGCUCUUCAAUUUCCUCAGGUGAAGGCCUGA